AAUCACCAUUGGGUUCUUUGUUUAGCUGUCCGUUACUGUGAGCGUUUUGAUGUUUUAUUUACACGGUUAAUCUUCAUUCAAGUAAUUUUGUGUAAUAGUUAUCUUUAAAAAAUUGCAGCCUAAAAUUAUUUUUGUGUUUAAUUUUAUUAAUUUAAAGCCGACAUCAUAAUUAGUAUUGUACCUACUUAUAAACGCCUGUUGCUAGAGAAUACUAUCAACAAAUUUCUCUUAUAUCUACCAUAUAAUGAUAAUAAGCUGUUCUUCGUGUCUUCGUUUAUACGCAGUCUAUAAAUUAAUAUGCGACAUUGAGAUUGACAGAAAAACAACGUUGCACGUCAUGUGUAAACUGGACUGUAUUUUAUUAUAUUAUCAUGCAUACUCCACAAUCCAAAUCCACACAAUUGACCGAGAAUUGUACUUGAAUGCGGGAGGAGCACGGGAAUAAUGUUGCAAUAUUAAGUUACUUUCCGUCAUUAUGACUGCCACACCACAAUUACUUUCCUACCUAGUUGCCUAGGAAUAUAGUUAAGUAGGUAUGUAGUUAUUGUAACGAACACGGGCCGUAAGAGCGUAAAGGAUUUUGAAAGGUUUCGAAUGUUCAGACAAAUUAACUUGUUAUGUUAAGUCGGCGAAUCUAUUUUUGAACGUAUUUUUAUUUAUCACAUCACGCAAAACUUGAAUCUGAACUUGAUCCGAUCACGUGAUGUUCUUCAUAGAUCCGCAUCUUUUUCUCAAUUUUCUAGAAGGCAAAAAAGACCCAACCGCAUCAUGAGAUGCGAACUUGCAUCCUAGGAAUUUACGUUGGGCGAAUGAUAAGGAGACGAACUAGAUACUCGGCUGCCAAUUAGAACUUCGAAGAUCAAGGUUUUAGUCUAGUGGAAAUAUUUUUUCUUUUUAAUGAUACCCACAUAUUGUUUCAUUAAGUAUAUCCAUUGUUACCAGUCAAGCGUUGCAGAACUGUAAUAUAACUAGGUACGAGGCGAUUCUCGCAUAAUGAAUGGAGCGGCUUGAAUAAUAUUAUAUCGAAUCACCAAUACACCAAAAAAACAUUUAGUUUGCAACCCGUAACAAGUAAGCACUAUCUCGUGUGCUACAUACACCGAAGAAAAUGAGCUUCAUAAUUUUUCAAUAAUCGUGUCGUACUCAAUAGACCCAAGCUAAAAUUUACUCUGUGCUAUAAAAUAGUUAACUGCUGGCAACACACGCGACAAAAACAUAACCACACUCGGAACUCCUAAGAAACCUUUUACUAAAGAUAUUGAUUCCGAUCGGGAACGGGCCCCGUAGUAAAGUAGCCAGGGUCACUGACACAUAGAUCAGCGAGGCGAUGAAAACAUACAUUGAAAUCAUUCGAUCAUUGUUAAUGCAUAAAUUCUAAAUAUUCAAAUGUAGUUAACCUUGAAAGUUUUGAUAAUAAAUAAAAAUAGAAAAACUUUUGUCGAUUAAAUAUGUUCGUUUUAAUUUAGUGAAUUGUUUAUUUCAAGUUUAUAUGUGUUUUUGCACACAGAAAAAGAUAGAAGGAUAAAAAUAAAAUUAACAUAAAAAUGUAAAAAAAUUAUAUGAUAUUCCAAUUUUGUGCGCUUAAUGUAUUUAUUAUACCUACACGUUCUUAUAUAGUCGUCGUGGCCUAAAGGAUAAGACGUCCGGUGCAUUCGUAUCGAGCGAUGCACCGGUGUUCGAAUCCCGCAGGCGGGUACCAAUUUUUCUAAUGAAAUACGUACUUAACAAAUUUUCACGAUUGACUUACACGGUGAAGGAAUAACAUCGUGCAAUAAAAAUCAAACCGGCAAAAUUAUAAUUUGCAUAAUUACUGGUGGUAGGACUUCUUGUGAGUCCGCACGGGUAGGUACCACCGCCCCGCCUAUUUCUGCCGUGAAGCAGUAAUGGAUUUCAGUUUGAAGGGUGGGGCAGCCGUUGUGACUAUACUGAGACCUUAGAACUAUAUCUCAAGGUCUGUGGCGCAUUUACGUUGUAGAUGUCUAUUGGAUCCAGUAACCACUUAACACUAGUUGGGCUGUGAGCUCGUCCACACACAUAAUCAAUAGAAAAAAAAUAUCCUUCACCGUGGAUGUCAAUCGUGAACAUAUUUUGUUCAGAAAGUAUGUGACAUAUUAAAUUUUCUCUUGAUUAACUUACGUCACUCUCCGAUCCAUAAACUUCUAGUCGAUUUGUAGAUCCAUUGUACGUAAAGUUACGAAACAGACAGUACCUUUUUUUUUCGGGCCGGGGGCCGAACCUCCUAGGAGGUCCCCGCGCAUAAGGGGUGCGCGGGGUAUGUGAGACUCAACGAUCUGCAUGGUGUUGUGAGCAGACCGCGGGCCCAAGGAUUUUAGGGCCCACCCACUAAACGACUCCCCUGCACUCUUACACCCGACGUCCGAUCCCCUCCGAGGCCAGAACCCGGAUGAGGUAGGGGAGUUACCGCGGUCAACAAUACAGCCAGACGGCGCGGCUCACCCCAAGGACGCCCAGCCGACGGAGCCUUCGAGGCGAAUCGAAGGCUCUGAAACGUCGGCCGUCUCGGUAUGGCAGCCCGUCAGGCCGCCCAAACGGUGCCGCUGGUGUCCCGGAAUACCCUGCUGGACCAGAACCAGCAUGCCGGGUCGGGGCGCGAUAAAGAGCGGAAAGAGCGACCGCCAACUGGUCGCUCUUUCGUAACUCCUUGGCAGCGCGCUACAGUGCUGGUAGCGCGCCGCGCGGCCUAUAUCCCCUCAGGUCGCCCCUUGACCUUCACCGGGGGGGGGGGGGGCGCUACCUACAGGGGCCGGGACGUACGGGCGUAUUCCCGCCUCCGGCCCCCGGCUCGACGGCGACUGAUCGGUGCAGAAAGGGAAGAGCUCUCCCUCUCUCGUUCCGCCGCCUCCUUCUGCGAAACGGUGGACUCGCAGAAGUCGAACAUCGCCAUCCAGGACUCGUCGCUGCUGAGCAUCGUAGCCACGACGCGCGGUAGCGAGAGGUCCUCUCCUAUGACCGCGACGAGGGCGGCGCGUUGCUCGUCGAAUCCAGAGCAACGCGCCGAUGUGUGUUCCGCUGUGUCUUCCUCGUCGCUGUCUGCGCAAAGGUGGCACUGCGCCGUCGGUUCCCUUCCGGCUAUCUUGAAAAGGUACCGGCCAAAACACCCAUGGCCGGUCAACAUUUGUGUCAGCCGGAAGGUGACUGGGUGGGCCGCAUCCGCGGUCGCGGCCCACCCAGUCCGCGAGAACCGGGCGGACCGCCUCGACGGUACGGAGGCCGGCCGACGGGUUCGCCAAACGACGAGACCAUGCCAGCACGGACCGCCGAGAUUGAAGCCUCUGCGCUUUCACUACACCUUCGCCAGGGCGCCCUUCCCCCCUAGAGCGGAGGUCGCUACGCCACCUGUAAUCGGCAGCGAGCGCCUCCGCCUCCAGGUCCAAGGAUGGCGCCCCGGCGAGCAAGCACGCCGCAUCGAAGGAGACGGUGCGGUAUCCUCGGAUCGCCCUGACCGAGAUCGCGCGCUGCGGACGUCGCAGCGCGGCGACGUUCUCGCGGGUCAGGGCGUGGCACCAUACGGGAGCGCCGUAUAGUGCCAUCGACCGCACCACCCCCAUGUAUAGGCGGCGCGCCACCUCAUCGGGACCCCCCACGUUGGAAGAAGUCGACUCAAAGAGCCGGCCGUCGCCAUCAGCCGAGGGCCCAAUUUUUUAAAGUGAGUGAGGAAGCUCCACCGACCAUCCAGUUCGAGGCCGAGGUACCUUAGACCGGUCACCCCGUCCCCGACGCGAACGCCUCCGAUCACGAGGUGAGACAGUAAGUACCUACACUUUCGUUUUUUAAAACCGUGACUUGUAUUUUUGAGGUAAUUCUCUCUAAUCCAUUAAUAAUUAAUUUUUGCGUGAUUAAGUCACUAAUAUCCCACAAUUUUUGUCCAUUUAUCAUUAUAGUAGAUCCUAGAUAUCUAUAUAUUAAUACGUAAAGCAAAAAUAAGUAUAUAAAAUAUAACUUAUGAUGAAUUGCAUAAAAGAAUAAAAUGAAAAUUAGUCUGUAAUGUAACUACGUCAUACAUGCCUUUUUCUGUUUAUUCCUUUUGAUUAAGAUAAUGAAUUCGUGAAUUCGCAAUGUAAAUUAUACAAAAUAUUUUCAAGUCAUCGCAGCCACUGAUAAUUUGAAGGUCAUUUCCAUAUUGUCGAGGAAAAAAAAACAGAUAAUUGCCGUGUCGUUCCUCAUAAUAUGUUCAGUGUUUUUUGCAAUUUGCUAGAUUCGUUAUUACGUUUUUACUUAUCAACUCUGCGACAAGUUUGUCAAAACAUUUCUUUGAAAAAAAAAAAAAAAACUUGUUUCAAGAGUAAAAUCAAUUUCCGCACCAAAUAUUAUUUGUAUUCGCCUUCGAACUGAUAAAAGUGUUGACAUAAAUCCUAUAAUGCUAUCAGAUUCAAACGAAAUAAAAUACGUACAUACACGUCGUGACAAACAACACUAAAGCUUUGUUCGGACUAGGCGAGUAUUUUAGUCGAGUACCGAGUAAUUUAGUUACUGGUGGUAGGACCACUUAUGAGUCCGCACGGGUAGGUACCACCACCCUGCCUAUUUCUGCCGUCAAGCAGUAAUGCGUUUCGGUUUGAAGGGUGGGGCAGCCGUUGUAACUAUACUUGAGACCUUAGAACUUAUAUCUCAAGGUGGGUGGCGCAUUUACGUUGUAGAUGUCUAUGGGCUCCAGUAACCACUUAACACCUCGUGGGCUGUGAGCUCGUUCACUCAUCUAAGCAAUAAAAAAAAAAAAAGUAGCUAAAUGCGUCUGAGCACCAAAAAUUUUGUCGAGUAGGCUAGUAAAUAAUUUAGUCAAGUCAGUCCAUUUUGUUCUAUUUUUUCGGGCGAGUAGCGAGUAGUUUAGCCACUAAAUUACUCGGUACUCGACUAAAAUACUCGCCUAGUCCGAACAAGGCUUUACACACUCGGGCAAGUUGGGUUUCUCCUAUAUGCCCUCACAGCUGUCGCUGGUGAUGAAUAAUUCUUGAAAUCUAGAGAAACUGUAUAAAUCAAACGUGUAUUUGGUCACGUACACUUCUGCAUACAUUCUGCUUACAGCCUACACCAGUUCUCCACCGGCUCGCCAAUAAACUACAGCAUUUCACAUUCAAAUAACAUGUUUGAAUAGGUUCCGCGGGAUUGAAAUGCAUAUUUUAUUUUAAACGAAGUCUCGUAAUUUAACUAAUCCCUGCAGUGAAUACAGUAAAAGAUUUUGUUGAAACAUUAACUGAUUUUACCAUGACGAACGUGUAAAUGUGUCGCGAUAAUUAGUAGCCCACUGAGUUUCUCGCCAGAUCUUCUUAGUGGGUAGUAGAUUCUGCAAAACACUGCUCUUGCUGGGGUUAGUGUUAGCAACGUCGUCAAGUUCGAACCCCGUGAGCUCACCUACUUGUUAAGGUUGCGCUGUAAUGGUCAAUCAGCUUAGGUAGGGAAAAAAAAGCGAUAAUUCUAUUCAUUUCAUAUUUUAUAACACCUCUCUGGUCGUGAAGAUGAAAACUCAACUCAAGAAAAGUAACAGACUUCAAGAUACCGUCAGUUCUUUCAAUGUGCUAUCAAACUGAAAUAAAUGUCAAUAAAAAUUUAUAGUUUUUUUUUUUUUAGAUUUUUUUAGUUUUUUUUUUUAGAUUAUAGAUAAACCUUAGUCUUUCGUAAUCAUGAAACAAAGUAUACGCGACGUCUGAAUUACUAUGGCGGAUAUAAUAACCAUAGAUAAGAUAAUAUUUCUGGUAGCACAGACGUUACAUAGUUGUACUUUUUAAAUCCUCUUGCAGUCUCGAUACAUGUGGCUUGAAGUUUCAAUUUAAAUCUGGCUAUCUAACGGAUGAUUUAAGGUCGAGAAUUUACUUACCAUUUGUAUAUUAUUAUUACCACCGCACUCGAGACGAACAUAAACACUAAACAAAUGACGUUAUUUAUGAUACAAAAUAAGUACAGGUGUGUGAUGUGAAUAUAAAUAGACAUAAAGAUUUUAAACUUUUUGCUGUGUUUUCGUAUUUAAAAAAUGGGAACAUGAGAAAAAUACAGUGCCGCGUCUCGAGAGCUGGUAAAAAACACCAAUCGAGAUAAUUGAUAACAUAACAGGUCUUAGACUAUCUAUCUCCAUAUAUAAAAAUGAAUUGCUGUUCGUUAGUCUCGCUAAAACUCGAGAACGGCUGCACCGAUUUGGCUAAUUUUGGUCUUGAAUUAUUUGUGGAAGUCCAGAGAAGGUUUAAAAGGUAGAUAAACAUGAAAAUGCUCGAAAUUAAAUAAAAAUUACAAUUUUAUUUUUCUUUUUAUGUGUCCCUCGUCGGACAAGGAUUCUUUUUGUUUGUUUUAAGUUUAUUUUAUACAAAACUUUAAAUUAGGUCUUUUAUUUAUCGAUUGAGGCACUACGAAGUCUGCCGGGUUAGCUAGUAACCAAUAAAAAUAUUACGCGUCGGCAUCAAAACAACCUGUCACAGAAAACUUUACACUCUUAGAAACAUCAUUUUUAUGCUUACAAAAUUUGACGUAUAUAAGUUCUAAUUUAAAUGAGAGAAUUGUUAAGUACAACCACAAUUUAUCUGUUAAGAAUGUGCUCACAAUGGUGUAUCGGUGUAUGAAUGAAGUGCGCGUAUCCCACGGUUCUAAUUGCGUUAUGUUUCAAGUAAAUAAUAUAUUCAUAGUUGAAAUGGAGGUCAGCUAGUAAUGGUUAUACACGAAAAUAAAAAAAAUGGCGUACCGCCUCUCGUCAAGUGAGUUACGUUAAUUACUAUAAUAUACUAGUGUUCAUAAAAUAAUCGAAAUUCAACCAUAGUUACUGACCCUGAAGAUUUAGAUUGAUUUUAUCCGUGUAGUGUAACUACAUCGUUUUUUUUUUGCUUUUCGACUGGCGUUUUGAACAAAAAACAUUCAAAAGAAUAAGACGUUCAUCGAAAUCGCCUCAAUAGUUUUUCACCGAACAAACAAACACUAUUUUUUAUUAUUAGCCUUAACUUUACAAAAAAAGGUUUUAAAGUUAAUUAGAACAUUGCUGAUGAAAAGCAUCAUACUAUCAAACAUCAUCAUCAUCAUAGUCUGUUACUCUUGGCAGAGCGGUCGUGGUCAUGAUGUGGAAUCCUUGUUUAUUAUAGCCUUGACAGUUGUUCUCCAUAGUUUGCGAACUGAGGUUUGGCACACGCACUCGUUAAAUGAAGUUUUGGUAAGGUUUUUCACUUGGAUCAGUCCAGCGCAUGGGGCUUCGUCCACGAGGUCUUUUACCGUUUAUCAUACUAUAGAUAACCCUAAAAUAUAUAUAUACAAUCUCUCUCGCUCACACAGACACACACACGCGCACGCACGCACGCACGCACGCAAACAAAGACAGAAAAGGAUUAUUUAUCAAAUCACAUGUGCUCAUAAGUAAGUCGUCUAGUCUCUAAUUCUGAAUCCAAUAUGUGUUCGUAAUUGGAUGUUCGAUGACGACAGACACGUGAGUCGCGAUACGUGAGCCUGCACUCGUCAGGAUUCCAAAUUACAUUAUUUGAUUGACACUGCAGACGUUACUUGCAUUUGUACUAGAGGACAGAAUACGACGCAUUUGAAGCUUCAAUUAAACAGCUUAGAGCAGGGGUUCUCAAAUUUAUUUUGUCUACUGCCUACUUUGAGAAUAAAUUAUUUUUUAGCGCCCCCAUUUUUUCGCUUUCUUAAAAACCACUAUAGCGAGAACACAGCCGGAGUCUUAGGAUCCUUCUAGAUGAAAUUACAAAUCGCCUUUAAAGCCUCCUACACAACGCCCCCAUUUUUUUCUGGGUCUCUUAUCGCCCCCCUUUAGGCCUGUAGCGCCCACAAGGGGGCGUUGUCGCCCACCUUGGGAAAGGCUGGUCUAGAGAGACCAUAUCAGCGUAACCCUAACUAGUAGGUGAGCUCACGGGGCUCAAACCUGACGAUGUUGCUAACACGAACCCUAGCAAGAGCCGUGCUUCACAGAAUCUACUGCCAGAUAGGACACGCGACCCACUGAGAAGAUCCGGCGAGAAACUCAGUGGGCUAAAACAGUGCUCCGCUACGUAAAUCAACUUUAAUGAAUACGUUUCGUAUUCAAUUCGAUUGCUGCGAGUCUAAGAUUAAAACGACUUUUACGCCUUAAUCUCUAGUUUUUUAUAGUUCUGAUCACGGAAUAGAUAAAUAAGGUUCCUUAUUAUCCUACCUUAUUUAUCUAUUCCGUGGUUCUGAUAUUAUUUGCGACUUUUCGAAUACUUUACAGUUUUCGUUGUCAGUAACGACUAACUGUUACAAUUGUACAAUUGUACACAGUACAAUUGAAUUUGAGCGACAUUUGAAAUAUUGUGUAAUUUUGGAACGAAGUUCUUUAUGGGACGAUGCAGAGGGUUACCCUAACCGGGAAAAAACGUCCGUAACGUAAGAUUUUUUCUAUUUCGGCCGUAAAGCAGUAAUGCGUUUCGGUUUGAAGGGUGGGGCAGCCGUUGUAACUAUACUUGAGACCUUAGAACUUAUGUCUCAAGGUGGGUGGCGCAUUUAAGUUGUAGAUGUCUAUGGGCUCCAGUAACCACUUAACACCAGGCGGGCUGUGAGCACGUCCACUCAUUUAAACAAUAAAAAAAAAAACAUCCAUAAUACUUCACACGGUGUUCGUCCGCAAUCCAUUUUCAGAGGUCCUGUUUUGGCCAAACAUGAUACGUUUUUUAUUGAAAAUAAGUCUUACCUCCCAUGUCAGUGUAAUGUGACGUGCUCUUGUUUUGGAAAUUGUCUGAUGUUCGACACUUGUGUGGUUUUCGUUAAAUGCUAUCAGAUGUGUAUGCAAUGGAAACCACAUGUGAAAUAUUCAGUUAAAGAAGUAUAGGCUGUCGAUACGCGUCAUAGUAUAUACAUCGGGUUUGUUGCAAGCGUAAAGUUCUAUCGUGAGACGGGUCAACGAUUUCUUACACAAACGCGGCGGCAUUUAUUUUAAAAAUAAAAUGUACUUCAUAGAAAUUCUGUUUUGAUAACAUAGUUUUGUUGCGUUAGUAUUAAAAUUAGAAUCUAUCGAAUUUAUCCUACGGGUUCAUUACUGUGCGUUUAUAUUAAUAUAGUAUACAUAUUUUUAAAAAUAUAUCCACGGAAACAAUACAGGGACGUAUAUCUAUAUUAAUAUAUAGUGUUUUUACGGAUGUUCCGUUAUAACUACUGAACCAUGCAUCCGAUUGACUUGAAACUUGGUAUCUAUGUAGAAAAUACAUGUACUUAAUGGAUAGGUUAAUAUUUAUAUGAGUGUUGGACUCCCUACAGCAGUUACGGGGUCGUUAAUGAUGAGAAUCUUUGUGGGUGUGAGAAAUAAUAAUGUUAAUUUUAAAUGCCCAACGAAGCGGAUCGGGUACAGCUAGUUUAUUUAUAUCAAUAUCAUAUAGUUGAACAGACUUUUAAUCGCCAACGCAACGUUUAAAUACAAAUAACAGAUCGAGACAAAAGAAUACCUUGGACGUCACCCUACUAAUGAUAUAAAACCUACGUGUUUUAAUUUAUUGUUACGAUAAAAGUUUGUAAACAGUACAUCGUAGUUGAUUGUACCUUCUCAUUUAAUUAGGGCUGCGAAGUCAAUAAAUUUAUGUACGUAACUAAAUCCGGAUUAUAAAUUAAGUUGAAUGAAUUCUUAAAUAACAAAUUAGAGGCUAAACAGGAAGUGUUGGCACAGGGAAAAGGUUUCAUUCAGUCUCGCUUCGUGUCUGAUUAAGAAAUACUUCCUGCGGUGCUGACGAAUAUAGCUAUACGGAAACUGAAUGGCCUCGGGUUGCGCUGGUUGCUCUGUACUCUGCUGAGCGUGGGUGGUAACGGAUGAGCAUCGAAAACAAAAUCAACAAACUUAUUUUAAGAGAGAUCAUCAAUAUCCUGAACUGCUGUAACAGUUUGGCGAUCUAUAGUCAAUCGUAAUUAUUGUAUGAAAACUAAAAAAAAAAAAAGUGGUCAAAUAGUAAACCGAACUAACAAUUAAUUUCAUCUUUUUUUACUGUUUUUUUUUAUCUUUUAUUGCCCGUGUAGGCAGAUGAGCAUACGGCCCACCUGAUGGUGAGUGGUUACCUUCGCCCAUGGACUUCAGCAAAUGUAAUAAUAAAAUAGAUUAACUACUGAUGGUAGGACGUCUUGUGAGUCCGCACGGGUAGGUACCACCGCCCUGCCUAUUUCUGCCGUGAAGCAGUAACGCGCUUCGGUUUGAAGAGCGGGGCAGCCGUUGUACUAUACUAUUGUAUAAAAAUGUUGUUGAGGUGUACUAUUAACAAUACAUUAAUAAAUAAAAUACGUACAUUCAAUAAAUAGAUAUAUACCGCUUGCAUAUAAUAUGAAAUCACUAUAUGAUUUAUAUACAUAACGUAGUGAUUAUAGAGCUAUUGACAAUGCUUGUGGUCUUAAUCUGUUGAAUGUCGCGAUAUAAAUAGACACAGCUUUGAGCUUUAUAUCGAGCGGAGAAGGGACGCGUGGAUCUCGUUAAAUUAACUUCGGUGCCAUGUUAGUGUGACCAUAUGGUGGGACUGUGGAACGCAUUUUAAUUGUCUAUUUGUGUUUAACGGGGUUUAUUACGUUUUUAGCCUUCAAUGUUAUUACAUGUGAGUGGACAUAUUCAUAGCAUCGUAUACAUUUAACAUACCCUCUAACAUCUGGAGGUAUAAUAACCAUUUAUUUGUCAAAUUAUAAUAACUACAGAACGGGUACAAAACAAAUAGAAGAUAUGCUUUUAAAUUGAAAUAUUCUGUGAUCGAAUAUCUACCUAUACGUAUUUAUUCUCAAUGUAAACCAUUUUCCUUCGACAGACAAUGUUUACCGUUAUCAUUAUCCUGCCCUUCUCCCAGUCGCCUGGGGUCGGUGCAACAUGUUUUCUCCUUCCAUACACUCUAUCAUAUACCAUUUCUUCGCUCACUCCCUUCUUACCUAUGUCUUUCACGCAAUCCAUCCAUUUCUUCUUAGGUCUACCUCUUCCUCUAUAUCCUUCCAUAUUCAUAGUUAACAUUCUCUUACCAACCUCAUUUUCAUUUCGUCUCAUCACAUGUCCAUACCAUUUCAAACGCGCACUUCUCAGCUUCUCUGUCACAGGUGCCACUUCAGACUUCCUCUAACAUAUUCAUUCCGUAUUCUAUCCAUUGUGAUGAUGAUGUUUACCGUUAUAUGAGUAAAAAUCACAAAGGAACAAUAUAAAAAUAGUUUUAAAAUAAUUAUGGUGUAUUUUCUAUAGUAAACUACAUUGUAGGCUAUUUUUGAAGUUCGUCUGAUACAGACAUUCAAAAUGAUUUGUAAAUUGUAAAAUAAAACAAAAAAUAAAGUUAUUUCACGUUUAAAUAUGUUAUUAAUUUAUAGCAAAACAAAGAAACGUCUCGAAUCGUGUAUAGAAAGAAAAAAAAAUGUUAAUUUAAACAAAGAGAAUCUGAAAUGUUAUUCAUUAACUUAAUUAAGUGACGUCUACGUUAGAAUAGUUGUUUUCGUGAAAUUUCGUUAAUUCAGAGUGUGUACUUAAUUAAUUUUCGAGUUUUUUUUUCCUAUCUAUUCUAGUAACCUCGAGGGGGUUAUUCUAGAUUCACCGAGCGAGUAGGUGAGCUCACGGGGCUCAAACCGAGAGUGUUGCUAACACUGGCCCUAGCAAGAGCCGUGCUUCGCAGAAUCUACCACCGGAGAACGAUGACCGGUGCUUGAGGUAUCUAAAAGCACCGAUCGGGAGGAUCCGAAAUGACGUGUUUUGGGCGACGUCGACUGUUUACCAUUCGGUCCGCAGGAUCGGGAAGCCACGAUGAGAAGAGGGCUCUCGUGUUGUGCCGCUUUCUCGAAAUUUGCGCACUGAUACCGGCUGUACGUACAUACUUACUGAUGGAAUUUAGGUCCAUGUCGUCGUGGAGGUCCACGUUUCGGAUGUAUUGUAACUCCACUUGUACAAUCUUUAGAUAUGUGCUCACUACAGAAAACACCGCUUUUUUCCCGUUUUUUUUCAGACUACCGCCUUUUUUAUUAUAUCUUGUCCCCACUACUGCCAUUUCUCACACCGACAGUGUUGCUAUUUGGCAAUCCGAAAAUUUUCUUAGUUUUAACAUGAUCAUUUUAGCUAGUUUACAACAAACCUUACAGUCAUUUGAUAGUCUUUAUAAUAUAAAACUUAGAAAUUAAUAUUUUCUUAAUAUGAGUCGUGGAAGUAACGUAAUUGUGAUAUCAAUAGGCUUUCUCGUAGCUAGCUACACGGCACAGCUAGCUACAAGGCACGCUAGCCACGAAAAGCUGGAAUCACCUCUUAAGCUGUCUGCGAAUAUGUAGGUACAUAAGGGGGAAAAAGCUCUCUUGUAGCGGGCAUCGUUAAGAGAAGGUUAAGAGUUAGUUUGGCCAGCUGAUACAAUACAAAAACAGGUUUCCCUUUUUCCUGUAGUACUAAAGUAAUUUGGCCUUGAACAGCUAUUUUUUUUAUUUUAUUUCGUGGAUGAGUAUGCUAGUACGAGCUUAUUGUAGCAAACUGUUAUAUAGGUAACAGGACUCAUAGACAUAGUAACCUGAAUACCAUGAACCAUAAGGAAUGAGGUCGAAAUAUUUGAAAUCGAAAUGUUUAAAAUAAAGUACUGGUAAAAUAUAGUCUACUGGUGGUAGGACCUCUUGUGAGUCCGCGCGGGUAGGUACCACCACCCUGCCUAUUUCUGCCGUGAAGCAGUAAUGCGUUUCGGUUUGAAGGGUGGAGCAGCCGUUGUAACUAUGCUUGAGACCUUAGAACUUAUAUCUCAAGGUGGGUGGCGCGUUUACGUUGUAGAUGUCCAUGGGCUCCAGUAAUCACUUAACACCAGGUGGACUGUGAGCUCGUCCACCCAUCUAUGCACAAAUAAAAAUUAAAUAAAACUGACAGUUUCAUGAUUUAAUUGAACUUCAAUAAAGUUUACUCCAUUCAAAUAGCCGAAGAAAUUUUUUUGAUACGAUAUUUUUUCCAAAUUUUAAACUUUAAAUGACUCCCCUGUAAAGAUACGAAAUAGUUGCUUAAACCAUUUUUUAUUUAUUGCUUAGAUAGGUGGACGAGUUCACAGCCCACCUGGUGUUAAGUCGUUACUGGAGCCCAUAGACAUCUGCAACGUAAAUGCGCCAAAAUUUACUGUAACAAUACAGUAAAAUUGUCUUUACUACUACUACGCAAAAAUUUAGAUAGUAUUACAAAUGCAAAUACAAGUUAGAUUGUAAUAUUAAUACAGAACUUCACAAAAACAUACAUGCAUGUAACCAUUACCCAAUUCCGUCCGAAUCCUUGAAAUAACAGCUCGCAAACGUUAUAUGUACAUAAACCAGUUACAUUAAAAUGAUGCAACUCGCUUCGUGCCGGUUUAUUUUAGAUUUUUAUCGGAGUUUAAAAUUUGAACCGAAUCUCGUUAGUUGUAAAGUUCGAUUUGUCUUAACGCAUGAUGUCGGUUCGCUGGAGAUGUAUCCAGUUUGAGGGGUUCCGAGUGCAUUAUUAGGUCGGAUAUCGGGCCUGUUUUGUAACAGUUUCACGAUUAAGAUACGGAUAAUUGCGUAAUACUGUAAAUUAAACACAAUAAGGCUUUCUAUAGAGUCUAAAAUUCAUUGUGUGGAAAUAACUCGAAUUGGAUACUGGAGCCCAGACAACCAUCAGAUCAAAUGUUUAUGAAAAUUUUGGGUAAAAGAUGCACGGUAAACCCGUGGAGCUACGAACCGUCAACCUGUUUAUUACUUUUUUAGGCAGCGGCUUGGUUCUGUCCCUGGCAUUGCUGAGGUCCAUGGGCGACGCUAACCACUCACCAUGGGUGGGCCGUAUGCUUGUCUGCCUAAAAGUGCCAUAGAAAAGAAUACUACGGUGAAGUAAUGCAUUCCGAUUUGAAGUAUGGAUCAGUCUCUAUAUAAUACAGUCGGCCUCAUGUUGUGGUGUUUGUUCACUUAUUACCGGGGCACCAUAAAAUCGUUCACUCAGCCAUUCAUUAAAAAAAGCCAAAAAAGGCCAGAGUAGGAAACGUAAAAAAAAAAAGUAACCCUUGACUUCUAUACGUGUGCAAACCAAAAUUUAACAUAGAUAUUUCAACAAACAACCUCAGUUCCGUCAUCAUAUAUUUAAAACGUUUACAAUUGCAAAACACAAUUAUAUAUCAGAUAACAUCGUCCAACCGAACAGAACAUUUCGUGAAUUCAGACAGUUAACUUAAAACUAUUUAUAAUUUUAGUAUCAACGAAAACAGGUUUUUAAGCAAUCAAAAUUCAAAUCAUUAGGUAGGUACGUUUAAAGAUUUCGAUAGUGUGCGAAAAAUCCUUCCUUCGUCGAUUAAAUAUGUUAUAUAACUUUGAAAGGAGUACGUGCUGUUGUAUGCAUCGACCUCGUUCGAUUUGUCAAACUUGAUCAUGAUCACGUGGAAACGCUAACCGCUAUGAACAUCAAGAGACCUCGACCAGGGUCGGUCCGUAUUUCCAACCUCUGUUCGACAAAGACCUUUGAUUAUUCUUAACUUGAUUUGGAAUAUGUCCUGGUGAAUGCAAGUCGUAGCGAUUCAGAUAAAUGCACGAAGGCUUCUAAAAAGAAAUUCAAAUGUGGAUGUUCAUUUAAAUAGGCCUGUACGGGCACAAAACAGAAUAAUAGGUUGGGGAAAAAGUUUCUUCGAAUUUUUUAAGAAAAAUCACAAAGUUUUUUAAUAUAGUUUAUUUACAAACUAAAGUAUGUAGGUCCCAUUUGUUCGAUAACUUUAUCAUAUCAUCGUAUUAAUUAUCAAUCGAUUGAUUUAUCGUAUCAUCUGAAUACUUAAAGCGAAUAACAAAGGAUGGUUGGCCAGUUCACUAUUAGGGCCAUUUUGCCGAAAUGGUAUUCUUUAUUAUUGUCUCCUUUCAAUAAUUGCAUUUUCGUGUUUAAUUGGAUUCCAAGGUCAAAAGCCCAAUUUGUAUUUUAAAAUACAAAGAACAAAUCGUAAAUUCGCCAUGAAGGUGAUAGAUUUCCGUGUUUAAUAGAAGUUGUCGUGGUCUCUGAGAUAAGGCGACAGAUGCAUUCGUAUAUAGCGAUGCGGCUGUGCCAGUGUUCAAAUCUCGCAGGCAGGUACCAAUUCUUCUGAUGGAAUACGUACUUAAAAAAAUUCACGUAUGACUUCCGUAGUGAGAUGAAGUGAAGAACAUCGUCUAAUAAAUAUCAAAUAUAAUUUACGCAAUCACUAGUGAUAAGGCGUCUUGUGAGCCUGCGCGGGUAGAGCCUGGAAUAGCCUCUUACGGCCGUUUUCAAUAACGUAUCUGAGUUUUCGGAUAGAUAGCUAUCUCCGAAUAUCAGCAAGAGCGUAUCUAUCCUUAAUUUGCGUUUCACAAUCACGGAUAAGUGCUAUCUCUCUUUAACCAACAGUAGAUAGCUUCUUCCCUCCGAUUUAUCCGAGCCUCUUGAUACGUUUCGUUCUACUACAAAUACGAAACAACAUCAGGAUCAAGACUUAUUUUAUUUUAUUCUAAAUUAUAACUAUAAUUUAACCAGCAUAUUGUAGACUAUCAUAAACACAUUUGUUUAUAACAAAAAGUAAUAAAAACAUAUGUAGAUUUUUUUUAAAUUGGACGUAUUGCUAUUUUUAUCCUAGUCGAAAUUAUGAAACGAAACGUUUUGACAGUCCGUUUGCCAAUAAGCAGUGAUCAGUUUCUUUUGUUUGUUUUUCUAUUGUUUACCUACUAUAUUAGAUGAUGACUUACCUCCAAAACGUUUUAAAACUUUCGUUUAUAAUUCUAAGUGUGUUUAUAAUUAAAGAGCUACAGUGAAAUAAAAUGAAUUCUGUAAGUAUCUAUGAACUACAUUGAUAAUAAUAAUUUUACUUUGAAAACUUUGAGUUCAAGUUUAGAAAAUAUAUCUUUUUCAGUCAAGAAAGGUAGCACCCAUGACAAAGGAUGAGACGAUGAUUCUAGCAGAACUUGUGGCGGCGAAAAAACAUAUCAAUAAUGAGGCAACAAAUGCCACAAACAAUAAAUUGAAGGAGCAGGAUUGGCAAACCCUUGUAAAUGAUUUUAAUUCAUCGAUUCGUCGUUUCCCAUGAACUCCAUCGCAGCUUCGACUAAAAUGGGAAAACUUAAAGAACGCUGCGGCAAUAUAAGAAACAACCUUAGUAAGGCUGGAGGUGGUAAGGAUUGCAGAUGAAGUUUUGAAUAAAGCAUGCACAUUGUUGUAGGUCACAUAUAAUAUUUUUAACACACAAGCGGAAACAAGAUGGAAGAAAAGAAAUGCAAGGCUAGCAUAGGGAGAAUGCAUUAGCAGAAUAUCUAAUAGCAAAAAAGAGACUUGACUUGGAAAAUGAAGAAAAGGAGAUUGUUGUAGCAAAACUUAAGUUAGAUUUAGAUAAUUUAAAAAAUUAAAAAUUACUUAAAAGGAGUAUUAUAUUUCAUAAAUUAAGUAGGCAAUAAUAAUUUUAUGUUAGAUAGUUUUUUAAGUAUAUGUACAAAUUCUAAAUUAAAUAUCUUGCAUGUACUAACUACCAUGUAAUUAUCAUUUUGGAAAAUAAAAAAUAGUCAAAUUA